ACCCCCAACAGGCGACCAUGAAAGGCAUUAGCUCUCGACCCUACGUGCAUCAUUCAAAGAAGCAGGUCUUCGUAUGACUCCCGGCCACCACACUCGUUGAUGCCAGCCGCGACAUUACAAGAGCUCAGCCGCCCAAACUACGGCCGCUUGACUUCAGCCAUCGCAGAAUCACUGCACAGCUGGAGUAGUCAGCAUCACGCGACCUGUUGCAGAUAGGGGUGCUUUACCGCGGGGCUUUGAUGAAAGAAGAGAAGUGAAGGCAUCUGAGUGUUCAAGAGACGGACAAGGGGUUGAUAAACAACCUUUCCAGCGUGUUGUGGCGAACGUUUACUAGGGCUUGGCAUCAGAUGCGCUGAGCCGUUGAGCAUCACGGCGUCGUGGGAAGAGCUGGGAGACUCACAAGUGAAGUCAACAGGUAAAAGAAAGAAACAGACGUCGGGCUUCGGAAACUAGACACCAUGAAUCCAGCUCUAUUAUUUGAUCCCACGGGGCGACGGGGAACAGGCGAGAUCACAACUCACCACAACAACAGCCACGGACCGCCUGCAUCUCAGAUAGCUCAGUUUGAUCCUCGAGCACUACUCAACCCCAAGGCUGUAAAUCCAAAACGUCCAGCAUCCUCUAGUGGAGACUCUGAUCGCGGUCGCAUCGAGCCCAGCAACAUCGGCCAGGUCUCACUUGUCGAGCGUUUACACAACAUCCAAGAGCGCACGGCAUCGCCUGCAAAGCGGUUCAAAACUGGAGAAGUACAGACAAACACUCCACAUCGAACAAACUUUAGCGGUGGAAGCGCCCUUGAUCUUCGGUACCAACAAAACUCUCCCGUAGCAUCUCUACCGCAGCAAAAGCCGUCCAUUGAUUUAACCAUGAGCGACGACGAGGACGAGGUUCAGAUAAUCCAAGAUAACAGCAAUGAUGAAGUCUGCAUUGGCAAGCUCAAGCACACUUAUAUUCAAGCUCAUCUCGUUCCUUUCCCAGACCCCAAAAAGUUUGUUGGAAACCAUGGCGGCCAGAGCCGAAUCAAAGUCGCUUUUCGCAGGGCUGGCAACAAGGGCAAUCACAUCAUCAUGGUCCUUGAUGGCAUGGGCAAAGAGUUUGGUAGGGUUGACAUGAAGACGGCACAGGGACUUACUCCACUGAUUGAUAGCGCGAAUGUAAGCGGUCUCAAGUGGAUGGCCUGGACAGAGCCGCGUCGCAAGCUUCCAAAUGAAGGACCACCAGGCAGCAGCACUUCGGCUCUUAUCACAAUGACUCUUCAGCUCUACUGCCCCCGCAAAAAUGCAGAUAAUAUCGGCAAGUUUCUCAAGGGCAAGAACCUCAUCCUUGAGCGUCCCGUUUUCGAGCUCGCGCGCCAUGACUACUACAAUCCGCAAACAAAAGAAGGGUUCCAGAAGAGUCAAGCCUCACAGCCUGGUUUCGAAGCGCCUGCACCAUAUGCGGCUAUGAACAACUAUGUGGUCCGUAGCGUCGACGAGAUUCGCCAGGAAGUGGACGAUGUCUUUGACACAGUCGUCUCCAGCUCUGAAGCGGUACCGAUGCGGAACCCGUCACCACUCAUCAAGACCGAGUUGUACCCACAUCAAAAACAAGCGCUUCACUUCAUGGUCGAUCACGAAAAGGAUCAUUCUUCCGAAGAAUUUGAUCAGCGUCGGGAUCCAAUGUGGACGACUAAGACUCGUGAUAAUGGCCGGAUAUCAUACGUACAUAUCAUCACUGGUGAAGAGAGAGCCCAGAAGCCAGCUCCAAGCUUGGGAGGUAUACUAGCCGAUGAGAUGGGACUUGGAAAGACGCUCAGUAUCCUGUCUCUCAUCUGCGACGAGGCUUCCAUCACUGCCGCUCAAGCAUUCAGCCAAAAGAAACCGCCUCCUCGUCCCCUUCCCGCCAUGAUUCAGCCUACCAUCAAUACUCGAGCAACACUUCUUGUAUGUCCCCUCAGUACAAUGACUAAUUGGAAGGAGCAGAUCAAGGAGCAUUUCCCCGAAGGCAAUGGUGCAUUGAAGUGGACGCGAUACCAUGGAGCUGAGAGAUUUUCCAUGACCCCUGAGAAGCUAGCAGACUACGACAUCGUCCUGACGACGUAUCAUAUCAUCGCCAAGGACAUUAUGGACAAGAAGCGUGCGCUUCCUUAUCUAAACUGGUUCCGCAUUGUCCUUGAUGAAGCUCAUACGAUUCGCAACCCAACAAACCAAUCAAAGGCCGCUUGUAAUAUGAUGGGCCAGCGGCGAUGGGCUGUUACGGGUACGCCAGUUCAGAACCGACUUGAGGAUCUUGGUGCACUCUUCAACUUCAUCAAGCUGAGGCCAUUUGACACCACUGCCGGCUUCAAUACGCAUAUACUGAAUCCUUUCAAAAGUGCGGAUCCCAAUGUGGUAAAGCGACUGCAGCUACUCGUUAGCACCGUGACCAUUCGCCGCACAAAAGAGAUCAUCAAGGAGGAGGUGCCGAGGAAGCUCGAUUACGUCGUCAGGCUGCAGUUUUCUAGGGAGGAGAAGCAGUUGCAUGAUUGGUUUGAGAAGGAUACGCAGCGCAAGGUCCUUGCUGUUACCCAGGGUGACAAGAUGGGCGGAAAGUCUUAUGCGCGCAUUCUCACGGCUAUUCUCAACCUUCGCCUCAUCUGUGCACAUGGACGCGACUUGCUCAGUGAAGAGGCCCUGAAGACUACAGAUGGCAUGACAUACGACCAGCCGAUGGAGAUUGAAGAUGAUGGUCAAGAAACGCCCCAGCUCACGCGCCAACAAGCAUACGAGAUGCUCAACCUUCUCGAAUCUACAAACGCAGCCGACUGCCAUUACUGUCCAGGCAAGAGAUCAAUACUAGACGCCGAUCCCGAUGACGAAGAUGAAGAAGGAAACGUCCAAGACGUCAUCGGCUACAUGACCACCUGUUAUCACCUUGUCUGUCCCCGCCAUCUCAAGAAGUUACGGGACCAAUGGAAGAGUCUAGUCCAACCCGACGGCUCUGUCCGCUGCCACAUCUGCGACGACAUCAACCGGCCCGCUGCCCUGGAACUCAAGCGCGCGGAUUUCUACUCCUACCUCGAAGAGCAAGACCGCAUCCGCAAAGACCCCAAGUUGGCGAAGAAAAUAGGCAGUUACACAGGUCCCCACACAAAGACCCAAGCCCUUCUCAACGACCUGGAUGAGUUCCGUCGCUGGAGCGAUGAGCAUCCUGAUGAACGCCCCAUAAAGAGCAUCGUCUUCUCCUCCUGGACCACACACCUUGACCUCAUCGAAAUCGCCCUCAAAACCGCCGGCCACGCCCUUGUCCGCCUCGACGGCCGCAUGACUCGCGACGCACGCGACAAAUCCAUGCACCUCCUGCGCACCUCGCCCGCCAUCCGCAUCAUGCUCGUCUCUAUCGGCGCCGGCGGCCUUGGCCUCAAUCUCACCACCGCCAACAAGGUCUUCAUGAUGGAACCGCAGUUCAACCCCGCGGCUGAAGCCCAAGCGGUAGAUCGAGUGCAUCGAUUGGGUCAGGAUAGAGAAGUGACGAUUAAGAGGUUUAUUAUGCAGGAUAGUUUUGAGGAGAAGAUGCUGGUGCUGCAGGAGAAGAAGAAGGCGCUUGCGGAUUUGACGAUGGCGAGGGAGAGGCGGAGUAAGGAGGAGGCGACGAAGGCGCGGUUGGAGGAGUUGAGGAGUUUGUUUAGGUAGGGGGUUAGGGGUGGGCGGGCGGCGGCGGGAUGGAGAGGGUCGGACGAGAACAGCAAAAAGGAAGGGUUAAUGGGAUGCGUGACAAGAAGUCAUAUGAGCAGGAGAAUCAUAAACAGCAUCAUAUUUCGGGGAUUUUAUUGGGAAAGCAAGGCCAUGGCUUUGGAAUGGGGGAGGGCCAACACAAACAUACGACUUCACCAUCCUAGUUCGUUCCACCUGCUCAACUCUUUUUUUUUCUUUCUUUCUUCGUAUUUUUCUUCUUCUCUUAAUUAUAAUGGUGUUUAAGGCGUGUGCAAAGGCAAAUAUUUGAGAUGGUGAGAUGAGGAAAUGGGUUUUGUGUAUAUGGAUGGGUGGGCGGCCAAAGGGAGGGUGGGUGGUGGGUAGGUGAACAAGCAGGCGGGCGAAGGGGAAUUCUCUGUAUACUUUAAAUCAAGGAAAGGCAUG